CAGGUGACAUGUGGCACACAAAUAUUACACAGUGGGGCUUUUCACCCUUCUGCUUUUGUCCUGCAUAAAUACGGCAGAACUAAAGGCAGAGUUCAGACAGGCAGCACACACGUAGACGAUUUCACACCAGGGAGGCUUUUGGAUCGACUCAAGAUGCAUUUAGCUUUUUGCUGUAUCCUCCUCUGCGCCAACCUCUGCUGGGCCAGCACUGACGGUCACCCGGAAAACCUGGACGUUCUAAUGGACAACGUUGUGGUUCUGAGGGUGCCUCAGACUGAGGGCAGCAUGGUGGAGGUUCCUCUGACCUGUGGAGAGGAUUAUCAGAGCAAGGCUGUGUUUUGGAGGAAAAACGGUAGGGAGCUUGUGCCGCCUCUUAUUGGAAACAAAGUCAAGGUACUGGUUAAAGAAAUGAAUGGAGGAAACUACACCUGUCACCUGAGUUCAAACGGAGAAUACCUCAACCACACCAUGGUCCUGGUCCAACCGGAUCAGAAUAACAGGACCGUCAUCCUGGAGGAGAUAUCCCCUGACCAAGGUUACAUCCACUGCUCCGCACUAAACUACAAGGGCUCCUUUCACUGCACCUGGACAAAAACGCAGUUCAGAUCCCACGCCGCCGUGCUCCUGGUCAGGGCAGAACGUUUUAUGGAGGAGAUUCCCUGUGAGCUGGAUGCUGACGGAGCAGGGGUUCGCUGCCAAGACACCAACUGCCCUUACAGCGAAGAGCAACAGCCCAUCUCCCUCACCCUCUACAUGUCCAGCUACUUUCGAAUGGAGGCCUACACAAAGUCUUUCUACCUGAGAGAGAUUGUGAGUCCGGAUAAGCUCCCUAACCUGCAGGUCAGCGAUGGCAAGGUGUUCACCUGGGACUACCCCGACUCCUGGGAGAAGCCCUGCUCCUUUUUUGGCCUCCAGUUCCAGGUCAACCUGGUCCCCCACGGACACCCCUGCAGCAGCGAAGAGCUCAUAGCAAACAAAACAACGGAUAAGACAGAGUACGAGGUCAACGUGAAGACCAAGAAGUACGUUUUCUGUGUGCGGGCUCAGGACAAAUACACCCAGGGGCCGUGGAAUCCCUGGAGCACGUGCAUCGUGAAUAAACAUGAAGUGAAAUGCUAAUGCCCGGCACCGCCCUGCAGCCGUGGAAGAAAGAGGAACACCUGGACAGCAAAAGACAUGUUCUUCCAUGAAACAUCGCUUUCUGCUACACAAUGCCCAAAGUGAAGUGGAUGUAUACGUGUACAGUAUUUAUUAAUCAUAAUAGUGCGUUAUUUAAGCAGAUUUUGUAAUGUGACUUCCUUCACGAUUCAAAUCCUUUCUAAAUGAAGAAUUAUUGCUUAAGUGUUUUUUUAUCUGUAUUUCGUAAAUAAAUUUGAUCAGCAUC